CGCAGUCAGUCGCAGUGGCACUCGAGCGAGAGGGUAGUCGUAUGCGUCUGUCUUUUGAAGAAAAGGAAGACAUUGCAAGUUUUAGUCUCGCGCGAACGCUCUCGGUUGAAACAUACACAACAACUCACUUGUCCUUUUUAAUUUAGAGACACGAAUAAUAUAAGUGAGAAAUAAUACGCAGCCGAGGUAAUUCAAUUCACAAGCGAGUAAAAAAUAAUUUGAUUACUCGUCGCGUGUAUUAAAUUACCCGCGGAUAAGUAAUUUAACGAGUGAACUUAUACUGAAGUAAUACUGCAUAAAUAUUAGUGAAAGACAUAAUAAAUGUUAAAUCAUAAUACUUGAAGGAAAUUAUAACAGAUCAAAAAUAAACAAAGGAGGUAUUAAUUAUAAAUCAAGACGACGAAUUGGAAUCAAAGACAAAAAGAGGUACGUUACGAAGAAAGUGAUCGAAGCAACCCGUUCAAGGGAAUACAAACGAACUCACGACCUUCAUACCAGAAAGGAAAAGACGAGAAGUACGCGUGUUUGUGUGAAGAACACGCAGAUACCGAAAAGAGACAAGCUAGAGGAAGGUAUCAAGACUUGAUAAUUUAUUUUUGUACAGAGCCAUCCUCUCAUCAUCGUUUUUCUGUGCUUCACACCAUCUGCGGGAGUAUAGAGUAGACAAAGAUCUUGUAAGUGAAACAAAAGGAAAAUUAUCACCAUUACUAUCGUACUCCUCCCAUCCACUAUAAAUAUACAUACGCUCAAUCAUCAUCAAUUUAUCGACGAAAAUUCAACGUGUCAAUAAUCAAAGUGAUUAACAUUAUUCAAUUGUCGAAAGUAAAGUGAAUCGCGGUGUUAUUAAUAAUCGUCGUGAUCGUCAAAUAAGCGUGGAAACAACAUGCCGGCAAGUUUAUUCAGCGAUAUGGAUCGUGGCGUAAGUGCCGGUGGCACUGGUUCUCUUGAAGAACAGCGUGCUCUCCAACUUGCGUUUGAGCUUUCAAUGUUGAGUCUUGAUGGAACUCAAGGCUGCCCUGGUACCGGAGGUACUGGUCCAGGAAAUGGUACAGCUUCUGAUCCUACAGAUCCUCUACAAGCAACACCAAGCAGCGUCUUCGAAGAAGCAAGAUCCAAGAAAAGUCAGAAUAUGACUGAGUGCGUUCCUGUGCCCAGCAGUGAGCACGUGGCGGAGAUCGUUGGCCGACAAGGAUGCAAAAUCAAGGCUUUACGUGCUAAAACAAAUACUUACAUCAAGACUCCAGUACGCGGUGAAGAGCCUGUGUUCGUGGUAACCGGAAGGAAGGAAGAUGUAGCACGUGCUAAACGUGAAAUUCUAUCUGCAGCCGAACAUUUCUCGCAGAUUCGCGCCUCUCGUAAGAGCUCUCUUGGCGCACUUCUUGGUACACCACCUGGACCACCAGCAUCUGUCCCCGGACAUGUGACAAUUCAGGUACGCGUGCCAUACAGAGUUGUUGGUUUGGUGGUUGGUCCAAAGGGAGCAACAAUCAAGAGGAUUCAACACCAGACACAUACAUACAUUGUAACACCAAGUCGUGAUAAAGAACCAGUGUUUGAAGUCACGGGAUUACCAGAAAGUGUUGAGGCAGCAAGGCGUGAAAUUGAAGCUCACAUUGCAUUGAGAACUGGUACAACAACUGGUCCAGGAUUAGGUGCUGAAGAAGUAGAUCUCCUCGGUGCUCUUUGUCGUGGUGGUUUGGGAUCAAUUCUUGGUAGUCUUGAUCCACCUGGUUCUAACGGCUCGAAUGGUUCAAGCAGUGGUGCUUUCUCAAGCAGUGGCAGUUGCAGCAGCUCAUCUAGUAGCUCAGGAGCACCUGGGUUCAAUGAUAUUGUUGCCAUUUGGGGCGCAGGACUUGAAAGAGAUGAAGGUCUUGGUGAAUCACCAUCAUUUGAAUCACAAACUGCAUCAGCAUCAUCAAUCUGGUCAUUCCCAGGAGUAGCUUUACCAUCAAGACCAUCUCCACCAGCAUCAGCAAGUCCCGCCAGCCCAACGGACUCACUUUUGGGAAGUGGAAGUGCCGGAGGUCGUCGUGAAUGCGUUGUUUGUGGAGACAAAGAAGUAACAACUGCUUUAGUACCCUGUGGACACAAUCUUUUCUGCUUGGAAUGUGCGAACCGAGUCUGUGAAAAUUCCGAUCCCAGCUGCCCUGUGUGCUCCAGGCCUGUGCUCCAAGCACUUCGAAUUCUCUCUUAAAAUGGAAGCGUGUGAAGGAGUUAUUGAAGAUAAUGCAGAUGAAGAGUGUCGAAGGCGUAUGAGGGGAGAAUCAAGUGGAUUAGAGAGAUGAAGACAACUUCGAGGGACCCUAGAGUCUGGAAAGACGCGCACAAGAUUUCAAUUCCACUGCUGCUGCCAAUAUUUAAACCUUAAACAAGACAAACAUUUAAAAGAUACAUUUACACACAUACACCAUACACAAUACCCGGGGAUAUUAACGCGUUCUUCGCUCGCUCAUUCCCGCGCCAACCGGAUACAACGAAUUGAUUAAAUAUGCUGUAGGUGUAGGUCCCGACUCGCGGCGCGUCUUCUAAAUGCGUGCUUUCUCGUUUAGAACCAAGAGAAAAUUGUUUGAUCACGUAAGCAUGCGAAUUUUGUCAUUUAAUUUUAAAUAAAUGUAUUUUAAACAAGUGUAAAAUUCUCUUGCUAAUAUAGAUCUCGGUUCGUCUCAACAGACUAUUGAAUGUUUUUAAGCAACCACAAAACCAAGAGAAUUUCACACUGAUACUUGGGUAUAGUGUAUCGACGAUAAAUUAAUUAACUAGUCGCGCCGUGAAUCGAAAUACGAGAUAUGUAGAAUACUCGUAGAUCAUGAUGAUCACAAAUUAAUAUGUCGGUUCAUUUAUUUGGUGAACGACGAAAAAAUAAAAUAUUGAUAAAAACAUAAUAAUAAUGAGAUUAGAUAAAAGUGGAUUGUGGUAAUGCGUAGUCAUUUAGAGGCAAAGGAUAAUAAUACGCAACCCCGCGAGUUGCCAAUGGAAAAGUUUAGUAAAGGAAAGAAUUUUUAGAAAGCAAGUAUAUAAUAAUUUUAAAAAAUUUGAAUUUAAUAAAUCAAUAAAAUAUAAAAUAAUAAUAAAUAAUAACGACAAUUCAUAGCUCAAACGGUAUAAAACUUCUUCCACCCGUCAUCUCUCGCUUAGAGUAUUAUCUUUACCUUUAUAUAAGCGAUAUAGUAAUUGAAAUAAUAUAUAUUAUAUAUAAAAAAAUAUAAACAUAAAUAUAUAUUAUAUAUAAAUAUAUAUAUGAUAUUUUAUCGAGAAUUUAGAUUUUGUAUUUUUGCGCGUUUGCCGAUGGGAUGACAGGCGGAAGUUUAAGUUGCCGAUUAUAUUUAAAGAAAAAAAAAAAAAAUGAACAAAAUAAAUAAAAAUGGGGGGAGGGGGCAUAAAUGAGGUAUAGGUAAGAUAAUGAGUUGAUGAUUGCUGUGCUGGGGUUUACACAAGUAAACCAAUCAGGGGGUAAGAUAAAAUAUUUCGGCUUACCCACGGGGUUGCGAAAUAUAUUUCUGGGUGGAGUUCAUUUCUCCUAAUUCCCGCUACAUAUUAAAAUCUAUAGAACAUACAUUUAAAUACAUCCUCAAGCAAUCUCCUCUCCUCGCGCCGCGUCCUCUGAUUGUAUUAUUGACUCAUAGUAAUAAUCAAGUAAUAAUUACUUCAUAAAUAAUGAUAUCCUUCUUAGGAAAGGGUUGUCAGCAACACAUGUAGUUUUCAUUUCGAGAGACGUAUUAUAUAUUAUUAUUAUUCUAAUUAUUAUAUUAAAUAAUUAUACUAAUUAUUACUAUUAUUUAGAAUAUUAUACAUAUUGCAUAAAUAUCUGUAUAUCAAAUAUUAUAGAGAAGGAACGAAAAGGAUACAAUUUUCUACAUCUCUCUUUAGGUUUAAGCAUACUUGAAAGGGAGAAUAUAAUCUGGCUGUUGGUUCUCUAUAGUAUUUUUAAAAAAUAUAAGGGCUGUUUUUCUUUUUUAAGUCAGGGGUUUACUUUUCAAGCAGGUGAAUAAAAAAAUGAAAGAAUGAAAAUAAUAAUAAUAAAACUAUCGGGUAGUCGCGCCCCGUAUUAUUACCAGAAAUAACCCCUGUGAUUACUGUUAUUUUUUCGUUCAUUUCAUUUUUCUAUGUAUCAUGUCUUUCUUUUUUUUUAUAUAAAAAAAUAUAUAUUUUUCAUUUUUUUGAUCAAUAUAGCAAUAACGUGCAUAUACGUUGAAGCUGUUUCAUGACUUGUCCAUGAUGUCCUAAGAUUAUAAUGGAUUUCAGAUUAAUGAUAAUUUUUUCUUGUCAAUCGUUGCCAUUUUUAAAAAAUUUUAAAAAAGACGAAGAUUUAUAUAUGUGCUCAAAUAGUAUCUUCAAGCCAACGUGUGUUUUAGACCCACCGGUGCAAGGAGUUUAAAAAAAAUAGGAGGAAGACAUAGCGUUUUUAUUUGUGUAUUUUUUUAAUUUUUAUUUUGUUAAAAAUAAUUAUAUUUUUUGGCGUUUUAUUAAUCUAUAAAUUUAUAAUAAAUAUAAUUAUAUUCUGAGCGUGCGCGAGAGAGAUAUUAUUGAAAAUUUCGUCUCACCGGAAGCUUUCAACUUCUCACGUGUAUUUUAUAUAUGUAUAUUUAUUUAUUUUACAUCCAACUCGCGUAUAUAUUCUAUUAUCGUUGUUCGAUGUUUAAUCUAUUAAUUAAUAUAAAAAAAAAAAAAAAGAUUUUAAAAAAGGAAAAAAAAAAAUUAAAUAAUAAAUACGCAACUCGAACUACCGAUAAAGAAUUUAACACGAGUAAAUUUGUAAUUCAUUAGUUGGCGAUAAUUUAAUUUUGCGACGACGUAAACGACCGUACGUUGCCGUGUUAAAUGGUAUUGGUCCGCACUUAAAUGUAUUAUAUACAAAGAAACAACAAAAACAAAGCAAAAAAAAAUAAUAAAAAAAUUAUAAAAAAUACAAUCCUCUGUGGAGGUUUAUUAUAUACUUUAAGUUCGAACGGCAAAAAUGAAUUCUAUAUUUUUUCUAUGUUAAAUCUAAAUAAUAAAAAUAAUAUGAAAAUUAACUUAAUGAAGAAGUGAACAAAAAUCAAUACGGUGAUGACGUAAAUAUAUUAAAUAUAUAAAUAUAUAUACGUUUAUAUUUAUAAGUCUUAUCUCAAAACAUCCAAGUUCCAACUUUUAAUCAAUAAAAUAAGCAAGUAAAAAUAUAACAGUAGAAAAAUAAAAAUAAAAGGCACGUAAUUGGAACAUUUACACAUACAUAAAUAUAUAUUUACAUAGAUCAUGAGAAGUAGAUGAAACUGUUAUCUCAUGCACUUCAUCAUAAGUCUGAUUGCGAGAGUGAGGUUUAAUGUGAAUGAAAUUAAUUAUUAAAAUAAAGAGGGAAUCGAGCGAGACGAUUUUUUUUAAAUAAAAAAUGAGAAUGAUCUCGAACGCAGGCUUCUACUGUUUGAAUGAUUAGAUUGAAUGGAUUAAUCGAAAGAGGAAGGAGGAAAGAAUAAUAAUUCUCAAUGUAUAUGUGUUUGACAUAUAUAAAUAUAAAUAUAUAAAAAUAUUUAAAUAUAUACGUGAAGUAUGAAUGACAGAAAAAUGCUAAUAAUUUAUAUUGCUAUAUAUAAGGCGCGUAGGAAUCUCUUCUUUCCUUUUUCUUUUUGUAGUUUAUUACAAUUGAUGAUAAAUAAGUGAAUUUGUGUAAUGUGUAAGUAACAGCCAUUAUGUGCUGAGUCUUGCUGGUAUGAGAUCGAGCGGUUGCCAAAAGCUCUAAACUUUCGCAUUCGAAAUCGGAGCGCGAUUUUUGUUCAUAAGCAAGCGUGUAAUCCUUUGGAUGAGAGAACGAAAGAAAAAAUUAUGUUGUCGACGCGAGUGGAGCUUUCAUGCUCUUAAUAGCUUCAUGUAGACAUGUUUAAAUGAAAUAUUUAUCAUAAUUUAAUGUCUAGGUCAGUCUAGAAAGAACCAAUAUUGUCUAGAACCUCCGCUAGACCUGGAGGAUCAUAUCUCUAAUCCAAUAAAUAGAUAAAAAAGUUUUUCAAUUCUGCUAAAAAUCAUUGAGCAAAAAUAGAGACACCUUCACUUUGGCCGAGGUUCUGACAUAGUCGACACUCCUACUAUUUCAUUGCUUUUUCAUUCCCCCCCUUACAUUUUCAUAUGCAUAACCAUGAUUUUAACCACAUCGUAUAACUUAUAUUCUCAGUGUUGCUGUAUAAUACAAACAUUCAUUCUAAUAUCACAACUGCAAUUCUCACCUUCAAGUCUCAUUAAAUUUAAUAUUCAUAUAUAUAUACAUAUUUAAUAUAAAACUUUUUCGUCUUACUUUUUUUCACUUUCAUAUUUUUUUCAAAUCAUUAAAUCUCUUAAUAAAAAAAAAAAAAGGCGCAAUAACUCAAUAAUAAUAAUAAUAAUGAGGAUGAUGAAGAAAAAAUUAUGAAUAAAAAUAUAAUACACGCUGUGAAACCCUUUGAGACACAUUCUAUACGUAUUUAAUAUAUAGUAAAAAAAUUUAAAAAUCUAAGCUUAUAUCUAAUAAACGUAUUAAGGCAUUAAGCGUAAUAAAUAUAUAGCCAUUGGCUGUGACCGAUAACUGCCAUUUUCGUAAAAAAAAAAAAAAUACAUGACAAAAAGAAAAAAAAAAGAAAAAAAAUGUAAAAACAAGUUUUAGAGCGAAAAGACUACAGAGCGCAAUAGCUUUGAUGCAAAUACGGUUUGUGAUAUUGAUAGAGAAAAAAUAAAGGUAAAAAUUGUUUGAAGUGAAGUAAAAUGUUAGGAUGCAAUUCAAAGCUUAGCGCAUUUAAUUGUAGAUCUGCGAUAAACUUUAGGAAACAGCAAAAAAUUUUGUGGAUUAAUAAUAAUAAUAAUAAAAGUCUGAGGGAUUAAGAGAGUGAGAAUAGCAAUUGUUAAUGCCUCCCGCGUCGAUCAAAUCCUCUUGUCCUACUUCCGGUGCCUCUCCCACGGGUGCGACGAAGUUAAAAAAAAAAAAAAAUAAUGAAAAAGGAGUUUAGAGAACAUGAGCACGACGAUACAUAUCUCAAAGAAUAAUAAUUAAAUGUAAGGAAAAAUCGAGUAAUAGUUAGAAAAAGAGAGAGAAAAAAACAAAAAUAUUAUACUUAUAGGAUUAUUAAUUAUUAUGGUAAAUUAAAAAAAAAAAAAAACAAAACAUAUAGUAGAAAGAAAAGAGAGAUAAAAAUGAUUGUUGCUUAAUUUAAACUGUCUUUACUAUAUUGUCAUAUUCUAUUGAAUAGGUAUGUUAUGUAUUAUUAUUAAUUAUUAAUAUUUGUAUGAUUAUUAUUAUUAUUAUAAUUAUUAUUAUUACUAUAUUUUUACUAUUAUAAUCAUUAUUAUGAAUAUUAUUGAGAAAUUUAACGUGUAAAUAUAUUUAUUUGUGCGUAAUUACUUCUUUUUUUUUGUUUUUUUUUUUGAUAAUCAAAACUAAUUUUCGUAUUUUAUGUUUCUGCACGGUUUGCCAUGCAUUUUUGUCGUCACAAAUUCUCGUGUCGAAUCCCCAAACGAUCGAUCCAAAAAUAUAUAUGAAUAAAAAAAAAUAUAAAUAUAUUAAUAAAUAUACGUGUAAUAAAUAAAUAAAUAAAUAUAUUCGCAGUUUUCAAGUGUACAUGUAAACGUUUGUCUUUCCACAGAUAUAUAGAGUUGCCUACCUAGUGUUCCGGUAUUUUUGAUAUUUCAGAUUAUUCGCAUACGUAUAUAGAUGUAUGGAUUUUAAUUCAAGAUCGCUCGUAGUGAGAUUAUUAAAAAUUAUGUUAUGCAGAAAAUUCAAAUUAAACAACAAUCGUGAAUGGUAUUAAAUAAAAUACAAGAAAAAUAAUGAAAAAAAAUUUAUAAUAAAGUCAAACACGUGCAAAGUAUGGUCUUUUUUAAAAUUUUAUUUAAAAGAAAAAAUAAAGAGAGAAAAAAGUUUAUUUCAUUUUAUUAAUUAUUAAUCAUUUUGUUUAUUUUAAUUACACACCAUUCGCUACAGAUCUUCAGACAAUCGAGCGUUUGGUAUGGUGAUGGGAUAUGAAUGAGAAUGUUUGUAUAUUUGCGACUUAUAAACAAAUAAAAAAUUCAAUUUGACAUAAUAAUUUGACUCCAAUUAAACAUAAAUAAAUAUAUUACAUAAUUUUAAUUAUUAAAAAUAUACAUAUUGCAAACGAAACUCUAAAAAAAUAUAUAUAUAAAAAAUCUAUUAUAUGAUAUUAUAUUAUAUAUAAAAAAUUAAGCAUUGAGCAUUAUAAAGUUAACAGUGAGAAAAUAAAUAAUAAGAGAAUCGUAUUAUAAUCGUAACCGCUUACUUAUUUACCUACUUAAUUGUCAAAUUAUCUGUAGAUGUUUACAGUAGAAUUAAUUGCGCAAAAUAUACAUAUAUAAUUCAUUAUUAUUAUUAUCAUUACAAUAAUUAUUAGCAUGGAUCUAUGCGUCCUCUUUAUGCGUGAAUUUCCAGCAUAAAUAUCAUGCAGGUGAUGUUGUAGGAAUACAUAUAUGCAUAUAUAUUCCUAUAUCGCAUUUGCAUUGGUAUUAUUACCUAAUUGUAUCGAUUAACUGAAUGGUUAGUCGUUUUGUCAAACACGCCAAAUAAUUACUAAUACAUCGCCGCUAGGUCCCGUAAUAAUCAUGCGAUAAUAAUUAACGAAUGCGGCUUACACGCGCAGCUCUCAGCCCACAAACUCGAUCUCAGAUUUUUGCAAAUAUUCAAUCAAUGCCUUUUUUUUAAUUUUCUAACAUGUUUCUGAUUAUUUUGUAACCACAUUAAUUCUCUAAGCUUUUGUACUUCAUUCAUUUUACCAUCAUCAUUUUGAAUGGCUUGCUUUUUCAUAUUUUUUUUUUUUUGUUGCAAAUAAUUUAUUUAUCAUAACAUUUCUUUCCCACCCCAUAGUACAUGUUUAGAAGUCUAGAAUUUACAUUUUUUUUUCUGUAACUCACCGAGCUUUCUUGGAUGUGUGAGAGAGGAAACCAAUUAGAAUAUUACAUCCCUCGUUUGCGAACGCGAGUCAAAGUUGAGUAAGGCAACCGCUCAAAAAUGAAAAAAAGAAAAUAAUAAAAGCUUGACUAGAAGUGAUGAAAUAAAAAAAAAAAAAAAUAAAACUAGUGAAUCAGUAUUUCCAAGAUAUAAUUAUGAAACGUAAUAUUAGAAAAUGAUAUUAAAAGUCGAGAUGAAAUUUUUUUACUUGUGAGCUUUGAGGAUAUUUGGAUUACGUUAUUUACGUACAUAAGGUUAAUAAGAAAAAAUAAGAAAAAAAAAUAAUAGUGGUGCGAAUGAUUAAAAUGAUAAUCGGAUAUUGUAAAAGCAUAGUAGAAAAUUUAUUGAGACGAUUCGGGAUAUAUGAAAAAUAAAAAAAUAAUUGUUUUCAUGGCAAAUGGAUAAAACAACUCUAAUCCAGAAUAUUAAAAUUAAGAUAUCUUGAAAGAAAAUUUUUUUAGCAAAUAUUUUAUAAAUAUAUAUAAUAUAUAUAAAUUAAAGCAUGUGAAUAUUUAUACAUUAAAAUACAUUUACUAAUAAUUAAAUGUGUUUGAAUAGAUGAGUAUUUGCAAGCCAGGCAUUAUUAUAGUUAUUAUAUUAUUAUAUGAUUGAUUUAUUACUAUUAUUAUUAAUAUUAUUAAUUAUUAUUACGAUUAUAUAUUGAAUGUUGUGCUUAGUUUAUUUUUGAAGCCCCUGAAUCGUCAAGUUAACGAAAAGUAGCAAAAAAUAGAAAAGAGAAUAAUUAAAAAUGAACGCAUGCGUGAAUAUAAGAAAUGAGGAUUAAUAUAUGUAGCGGAGAUAUUUUAUAUUUGAUAUUUUAUCAUCAACAUUUAUUAUUAUAAUUAUAACUAUUAUUAAUUAAUUAUUAUUGUCAUCGCAAGUAUAAGCGAUUAAUUAUUAAUGCGUAGCCAUGACAAAAAAAGCCAUCUGCAUUGAUUUUGUUAAAAAUAAUACUGUUUAAUGAAGUGAAAAAAAAUCAAAUCAUUACUCGCAUAAGUAACAACAUAAAAAAUAAAAUAAAAAAAAAGUUCAGCUGUCAAAGCUUUCAUGAGUAAGUAAAUUAAUUGACGAUCAAUGCAGUUUGCUUUUUAGGGUCGUGCAACCUUUGUGUUUUUGUGUUUGUAUAUAAUUUAUCAAAUCGUCAAUAUAAUUUUUAGUAUUCUGAUCCACUCUGACGUAAUUUUUUGCCGAGGAAUGUAAUGAGAAUGAGAAAAUGUGAGAUGACGAAAAAAAUAAAAAAACAAAAAAAAAAAAAGAAAUGAAAGGAAAAAAUAAAUAAAUGGAUAAUAAGAAAU